CCGCGGAAGGAUAUCUCUCUGAAACUAGAUCCCAGAAUUGCCGAAGAAUUUUGACAGCUCCAUGACUUCAAGCCGUAGUUUUCCAAAAUUUCUUUAACAGAUGAGUGUGAAAAUAAUUGUCGUAUAGGAUUGCCUUUCGUAGAUUUAUGAACUUAGAUUUUAGUGAGAAAACCUAAAUUACAGAUUUUUCUGAUUUUCUCAUUUGUUUCUAUAAGUCUUUUGGAUUACUUAAGCAAAUUUUGCACAUUUCGUCUGCCGAAUCUGAUUUUCUCAUCUAUUCAUCAAAAUUACUUUAUUUUGUGAAUAAUUAUAUCAAUGGAAGAGCCAGUCACUGAUUCGACAUCGCUCACAAACAUGAAUCUGGAUUCUGGUGCGACACAGACUUGUGCGACAAGUUCUUACAAUUAUGGAAUGGGACGAUUCUUUCAGAGACCGAGUGCUUUUGACUGUAUGCAGGGAAGUUCGGGAGUUGGAAUGGGGACGGCCCCUUAUUCAUACCCGGCUUACCCAAGCGACUGGGGACUUAUGUCCCAACAUUAUUCACACGGAUUUAAUCUAAACAGACCACUUGGACUUAAUAACAUCGGUUCAAAUUCUUCUGGAUUUUUAAACAAUUUAAACAAUUUUUCUGUACAAAAUAAUGUUAAUUCACGGGAUUAUAGUUCAGCUUUCUCAGGAAUCGGUUCGUCGUCGUCGGCAUUCUCUAGCACAGGACUUGGAGGACAUGCUCCCGGCGGGGGCGCGAUAGGAAAUAUGUGUGCUCCGGACAAUUUCAGGGGACAAUGUGGUACUCCAGAAAGUCAAAGUAAUUCAUCACACGGCAGCACAUCUCCGUGUUUACCCAAUAUGGACCACGUCGAGAAACUCGACGGUAAAAGUAAAGAUUCGAGUGACCCAUUUAAGUUGGACUUGUCAGUAAAACCCCGAAAGGAACGGACGGCGUUCACCAAACACCAGAUCCGAGAAUUAGAAAAAGAGUUUAACUUACAUAAUUACCUGACCCGACUUAGAAGAUACGAAAUAGCUGUGGCACUAGAUCUCACAGAGAGACAGGUUAAAGUUUGGUUUCAAAACCGGCGAAUGAAGUGGAAACGAGUAAAGGGAACUAAACUAGCAAAAGACAAAGUUGAUGGACAUCUUAAACCUAUAAUGGCGCCAAAUGUUUCUUCUACAGACUCUGAUGAUCAUCAUCAAAACAUGAUUUCAGAAACCGGAAACACGUGAUAGUAUGGCAAAGCUAACCGGAAACACAUGAUAGUGUCACAGACAAGGUCAUUAAUUGGAUUAUUGUGAAAACAUAUUAAUAGGAUGUAAUCCUAAAAUGCAAUAAAAGAUGGGCAGCGCUUGUUGUCCAGGAAACAACGUAAUAUUUCACGUGAAGCUUAACUCUACUUAUAUACAGAAAAUCGCUUAAACGAGGGGAUAGUGUUUCAAAAUGCGAUGAGGGAUUACGUGGUUAGCAACUUUUGCAGUUUUAACUUUGAUUUGAAAGAUGAAGGGCAAUUGAUUUAAACAAUAUCAAAAUAUACUGUAUAUAUUUGUUUUAUUUUUUUAGGUAAGUAUAAAACUGAAAUAUUGAAAUAUUUGAUUGCAUGAGAAACAAUCUUUUAUUUUGAAUGUAUGUCUUGUUAUAUAUACGCAUUUUUUAUAAAUGAAAAAAAUGCUUGUCAAUUUUGAUAAGUUAACAUGUACGCGAUAGGAACUUAAAACUGCUGUUUUGUGCUCAUAAUGUCACAAAAACCUGCAAGAGUUGUUAUGAAAUAUGAACGAUGGACAUGUUAUAAAAGUAAUACCUGUGUAAUAGGCCUGGAAAAUGUGUUAUUCCAGAAUCAUUAAUCAUGAUACCUGUCGCAAUAUGUCUGUUAAAUAAAUAUUUCAGCAAUAAACUAUACCUCGUAUACUGCUUUAUUUAAAGUUUCAAUCUGACAAACUGACGAUAUUUUUCUUGAUAUAUCUUAUAUCAUAUAUGAAAAAAAUAUCUUAAAGCAUAAUUAUUAGUUUCUCGUAGGAAAGAAAUGUGUAAAAAUCUAUCAACAGCUGGUGUUAUAAUGGCGCAAAAAAUCUCGUUUAGUUCUCACUAAUGUCGUCUGCUAAAUUCAUCAGCGGCAAAUUCAAAGCGGGACUGUGAUUGCUUUACCAGAAAAUCACGGUGUUUGCAGUUAGGCAUAGUAAAAUGCUCCUAGAUGAUAGAAGGCCGUUGCUGGCAUGUUACGCUGUUUUAAAACUGUAAAUCAAAGCGAAAUGAAAAUAACACAAUUUCCAUGACAACUGGUGUGUUAAAGUCACGUGAUCCUCAAAUAUCAUCUUUGACGCAACCACAUGUGGAAGAACUUUGAUUUAUCCGAUGUUGUUUUUUCCGUAACAUCUAUUUAAUAUACCACAUAUAAAUGUAACCAGUGUACGUUAUUGCUAAAAACAUUUAUGCUUAAUAAUACAAUCGAAUCAUUAAAAUGUUUAA